GCACGCCGGGGGCGGGGCCAGGCGUAGCCCAGCCCUCCGUGCCCGGAACGCGGGAGUGCGGAGCGACGGGACUGUCGGACCUUUGCGCUGCACACAGUGUACCGGACCGCCAAGAGGAACGCGCCCGGAAGCCGCGGAUCGGCGGCCAGAAAGGCCAUGUCCGCCGCGGGGCUCGGGGUGUCCGCGCGCGCUCUGCGCCCGCAGAGCUGGCUUCUGGGAACUUGGCAGACACAGAUUAGAGACACCCACCAACUAGGUUCAUUAUUGUCCUUCUGGGACCUCAUUCCCAUGAGAGCAGAGCCUCUGCGAAAGAAGAAGAAGCUAGAUCCAAAAAAAGAUCAAGCAGUAAAGGACCGUUUGAAAAAGAGGAUCCGACGACUGGAAAAGGCUAGCCAGGAGCUAAUUCCCAUUGAAGAUUUUAUUACACCUGUGAGGUUCCUGGAUAAAGCAAGGCAGCGGCCUCAAGUGGAGCUCCCCUUUGAGGAGGAGGAGCGGAGAGCUCUGCUUCUGAAAAAGUGGUCCCUGUACAAGCAGCAGGAGCAUGCAGUGGAGAGGGAGGCCAUCAGGUCCAUGCUUGAGGCCCAGCAAGAAGCGCUGCAGGAGCUGCGACUCACGUCCCCAGAGCUCCAUGCAGAGGCCACCAAGCGGGACCCCAGUCUCUUCCCUUUUGAGAGGGAAGGGCCAGAUUACACACCACCAGUCUCCAACUACCAGCCCCCUGAAGGCAGGUACCAGGACAUCACCAAGGUGUACACACAGGUGGAGUUCAAGAGGUAGAGGAUGCCACAGGCAGCUGUGCAGAACACCCUGCCCUUGAGAGCCAGACCCACCAGGUCUCAGGCCUGCUUAUCACACAGGCAAGCUGUGAAUAAAUAUGUUUAAUCAAG